ACAUUGGAUCUCGGCCAAUCACGUGCUCGAAUCGGCCGGCCUUGGGACCACUCUCCAGCCAAUAAGCGCUCAAGAGGGGCAGAUCGAUGACGCAAAGGCAACAGGUUGUUUCGGAAAAAAACGCACUGACAGUUUUGCAUGUACUGUCCAUCCUUGGUCUCAACGAGGAGUUUUUAAUAGACACUAAACUUAAAAAGAGCUUCUUUAUUCUUUUGUGCCUUGUGAAGGCCAAUGUUGAAGGUUUCGGAAAACAGCAGGUCACAAUGAGCUCCCUCUCAGCAGACAGGAAGCCCCCUCUGGACUAUGGUGUCCAGAUUCGCUUCAUCAAAGAUUUGGAUGACGGAGGGUUCCCAGACAGGAGUCGACUGGCCGGUGGAGUUGGUGGCAUCAACAAUGGGACUCCUUCACCGUCUAAGUAUGGAGUAGCUGUGCGGGUGCAAGGCAUUUCAGGACAGCCAUAUGUGGUGCUCAAGGAUGGAGAAAAGGGGGACUCUUAUGGGGUACAACUGAAGACUCAACCACAAAUUCAGAGCUCAGCCCCAAUUGUCUCUCAAACGUCCCCUUACAACACCCUGCUGCUGGGACAAAGGGAAGGGGCUCAGACUCCCCAGGGUUCUUAUAUCCCGGCUGUCCAACCUAGUUGUCCAGAUGAGGAUUUUGGGAGCCCCUUAAGGAGGCCACCUGGUGACGGACAGGCAGGGACUCAAGGAGAAGCCGAGGCCAGGUCUACAGAAUGCCUCACCCCUUCUGCUGUGGCUCCCAAGGUGGACAAAAAGGAUGAUGAUAGUUUUAACGAAGCAGGUCUUCGGAAGGUCAGGCAGAAUGGUAUUGGGAGUAGUCUGAAUGGGACAGGGCUAAAUGGAGCCUCAUUGAAUGAUGACCAAGCCCCAGCUAUAGACACCAAGUCACUGGCUCCCAUUAAUAAACUCAUUAGCCGGUUUGGUGGUGGUAGUUCUGGUGAUAUUUCAAACUUAGAACCCCGAACUCGGCUUCAUCUUGAUAACCGAGUUAGGUCUCACAGUGUGGAUGUCCUCAACAAACCUACAGAUGAGCCCCCUACAACUUCACCAAUGAUAAACCCCUAUGCUUCUAUUACUUCAGCUACAUUACCCAAACUUAGCUCACCGAAACCAUCAACUGGCAGUCUAGGACGAGACUCCACCUCUGUGGCUAAAGUGGCUGCUAUCCCCAAUUCCAAACCCCUCACCUUCAGCCAAUCACCAAAACUCUUUGUGCCCAAAGAGGGACCAACUGCUGUACCAAAGAAACCAGUGACCCCUGACCUCAUAAAGAGCCAGACCACGAGUGCAGAAAACGGAAAUGGAGAGGAUUCCCAGACCAAACAAGCUAUUUACAACAUACUUAAAGAAGGGUCUAUUGAGAGUGAGUCAGCCAUCAAUCACAAAGCAAGCCUCAUUCAUGAAGGGUUCUGUGGGGUGAAGAUCUUAGUGACUGACAGCAAUAUGAAGACUGAACUGGAGCAAGCGUUCAACAAAAACACACAAUUACAGCAACUCCUGGACAAGACCAAGAGAGAACUGCAGGAAAACCAGGACCAAAUGGUGGAGCUGCGUAUGGAUCGAGAGGCAGCGGAGUCUCGCUUACAGCAGCAGGAGGAUCAGCUAGCUCAGCUCCAGGAGGAGCUCAGACGAACGCUGGAAAACUCACCUCAGUCCGAUGCAAUGCAGCUAGACUUGAUGACGGUGCAGGCAGAGCUGUCAGAGUCUCUGAUGCUGAAGCAGAAACUGGAGGACACACUGAGGCAGAGAGAGCGAGAGCUCACUGCUCUGAAAGGGGCCCUGAAGGAUGAGGUGGAGUCCCAUGAUAAAGAGAUAGAGGCCAUGAGAGAGCAGUACAGUCAAGACAUGGAUGCCCUGCGUCACAGCAUGGAGACUGUCUCACAGUCUCAGCUGGAAAUCGAGGAGGAGCGUCAGAAGGUGAAUGCCUCCAUUCUGGCUCUGGAGGAGGAGCUAGAGGGGUACAAAGAGCAGAGUGACCAAUGGAAGAAGCAGCUUAGCUACACCAACAGAGAGCGGGGGCAGUGCAGCGCAUUUCAAAAGCUGCUGCAGGCUCAGCAGGAGAAGGAGGAACUGGAAGAGAAGCUGCUCGCAGUAAAGAAACAGACUGAUGAAACUGAUUCAAACUGUUUAAUGAGGCAGUGCCGAGACGAUUUGAAGAAAGCUCUUUCAGAAGUGGAAAAACAAAAAGCAGAGACAGCAAAAAGGGAAGAGGAGCUUAAAAAAGUAUCAAGAGCCAAUGAGAAUCGAGAGAAGGAGCUGAAGGCAGAGAUUGACAGACUAAUAGAUCAGUCUAAGAAAGACAAAGAGGAACUUGCAAAAAUACUGGAGAAAACAAAACAGCCCUCCACAUCAGAGCAAUCUCAAGAAAGCAACCUAGAACUUCAAGAGGCCAAUGCUCGCUUAAGAGAGAGAAUAGCACGCAUGACACGCCUGCACUCCAGUGUUCCUGACAGCUCCUCAGAUGUUCUGGAGGACGAGAACCGGAGCCUGAGGAACCAGCUGGAGGAGUCCCGGCGUGCAGCUUCUCGACUGGGUCAGGAGAAAGAGGAGCUCAGCAGACGGUUGGAGGAGAGGGAGAGAGAAAGGGAAGCACUGAGACGUGGCAAGAGCGACCUGGAGGAGCAGAAGAGACUGCUGGACCGAGCACUGGAGAAGAUCAGUAAGGAGAUGGAGACUAUGAUGGGAGAUUCACGUCAGUCGGUGCAGGUUCUUCAGUCUCAGUUGGAUGAAUUCCGAGAUCGUUCUCGUAGAGAGCUGCAGGACGCUCAGAGACUCAGUAAGGACAGGCUGGUUGAGCUACAGAGAGUGCAGGCCCUCCUAAAAUCCACCCAGGAGGAGGUGUCCCGUCUGAAGAAAGAACUGCUGUCAUGCUCAGAGGAGAGGGACAGCGCUCAGCUGGAUAAAGAGCUGCUGAACAGCCGUCUCAAACACCUGGAGAAUGAGCUGGAGACGGAGAGAAGCUCACAGACGGACCGCAGCAGAGAGAUCCGUCUGAUAGAGGACAAAGUGAAGACAUUAGAGAUUGAGUUGGAUGAGGAGAAGAGUGGAGCAGAGCUACUAAAUGAACGCAUCGCUCGCAGUCGAGAGCAGGUGGAUCAGCUCCGUUCUGAACUGAUGCAGGAACGUUCAGCCAGACAUGAUCUUGAGAUGGAUAAGAGUGCACUAGAGAGACAGGUGAAGGAGUUGAAGUCUCGUAUUGCUGAUAUGGGCUCUCAGACUCGUCCCUCUGCUGGAGUCACGAUGCUAGAAAACAAGAUUCAGGAGCUGGAGGACCGUUUGCGUAGUGAAGAGAGAGAAAAAAACACCAUUGUAGUAGCUCAGAGGAGAUUGGACAGGAAACUUAAGGACGUGACGGCCACCCUGGACCAGGAGCGAAGUCAACACGCUGAACAGAGAGACCAGCUGUCUCUGCGAGUGAAGGCUCUGAAGCGGCAGCUGGAUGAGAGCGAGGGGGAGGUGGAGCGUCUGGAGGGCGUCAGACGGAAGGUUCUGCGGGAUCUUGAGGAGCAGCGGGAGCUGCAGGAGGCACUGCAGGUCAAAGUCAACGCACUGGAGAACGAGCUCAAGAGGAAGGUUCAACAGUCACGACGCCCAGCUCUGGAAAGCACCUUGAGUUCUGAGGAAGAGGAGAGUUACUCAGACUCAAAAAGCAUCACGUCUAUUCUCACUGAAACGCCACUUCAGACCACCAACUGUUAAAGCCUGAACGAGAGCGGGGGAAAAUGUGGUUUUGCAUACACUUGAUUUUGCAUACACUUGAGUUUUCUGGUAAAUGUAAAAAUAACAGAAGAGACAUGAAGGAUAUAAAUGGUGUGGGUGCUGGUGUUUUCAACAAAAAGUGAUGUCAGGUGUGUUUUACAUUGUUAAUGAGAUAGAUGGGGUUGAAGGCCUAAUAAAGCAGUCAGUGUGAAGAUUUGUCAACCAAAAGCUCCUUUAGUAUUGUUUUGCUAAAACUGGUUAAUUCUGAAGAAAAAUUGUUUGUUCUUACUCUGUUUAUGAGUGUCAUGUUGUUUGUUUUAGGAAGACUCAAUGUAAAUAUUAUUUGUAUAAAAUGUUAUGGUUUUUGACAUCCUUAAUCAUAUUACUGAAAUUCCCUGUGGUAAUUGGAAACAAAAAUAAUGAAGGAUUUUAUCUUUAUACAUGAUGGAAUGUAUAAAUCAUAAUGUCAAGUGUUCUCCUUAUUAUCUUUAAUGUUACGCACUAGUGCAAAUUAUAAAGAAGGAUAUUUAGAAGGCUUAUUAUUGUGUUGCUUUAAUUUGAGAAUUAAACUUGCACUAUGAAUGACACCUUUUGUGCCAAGACAGAAAAAAGAAAAAAUCUUUUGAUGUAAUGGCAUUGAAAUAUUAGCCUUCAAUUUUUUCAUACAUUUAGAAAGCUAAUAAAAAUUAAGCUGCUUUUUUGAUCAUUUUACCAGAGACCUAUAUGUUCUAUACUGUAUAUUCAGAUUUAUCACAAUGUAUUUACCACUCAUAUAAUAAUUUGUAACUCUUAAAGAUGUUGUUUGAAACACAACUUCAUAAUACACUGUACAAUAUUAGAUAUGUAUAUACUGUCCCGUGUUUAAAGUUUAUUCUUCCACUACACAGUAAAAGUAACUUUUGUCACAUUA